AUGGCGAGCUUCCUUAUGCAGCCCUCAUGUGAGAUUGGGCUGCACGAAAUGGUGUUGGGAAUUUUCACUGUAUUGUUUUCAUUGACAUGUUUCCAUGCCAACAGCCGCUGCAGGACGCCGUCUGGCUACGUGGUGACGCAGCUUCCGCAAACAGGGGAGUCACGUGACCGGAAGUUCGGGACCCGGAGCCGCGGGCGGCGCCUUCGCACCGGAGGCUGGCGUUUCACGGAUGGGAAGUACGUGGAUUACGACGACAAAGAAGAGGACAGAUCUACAUUGGAUUGUUUAGCCCGUGAGUCAAAUGAAAAUGCCACAAAGGCGAGCUACGAGGUGGCAACGCUGAUUGCCAAGCACUGCAAACCUUUUACUGAGGGUGAAUUUAUCAAAGACUGCGUGAUGAAAAUGGUGGAGAAAAUUUGUCCCGAGAAGAAGCAAGAGUUUGCCAAUAUUUGCCUGGCUCGUAACACUGUGGUACGGAGAAUUGAAGACGUUUCAUCUGAUAUUAAGAGACAGUUAGAGGCAAAAGGAGUGGAGUUUAACUUUUUUUCAUUAGCCUGUGACGAAAGCACGAACGCAGCUGACACCGCUCAGUUACUGAUUUGUUUGAGAGGAGUGGACAAUGAAAUUAACGUGAGUGAAGAGCUCCUUGACCUCCAGAGCCUUAAGGACCAAACAAGAGGAACAGAUUUAUUUGUUUCUGUUUGUUCCGCUCUAGAUGACAUGAAACUACCGUGGAAUAAAGUCACUGGGAUUAUUACGGACGGCGCACCUGCCAUGGCUGGCGAGCGAAGUGGAUUAUCAACCCUAGUCUGUAACAAAGUCAGAGAAGAAGGAGGCAAAGCUAUAAAACUCCACUGUAUUAUUCACCAACAAGUUCUCUGUGCCAAACAUCUGAAAUAUGAUCAUGUUAUGAAACCGGUGAUAAAGGCUAUUAAUUAUAUUCGCUCCAGAGCCCUGUGCCACCGCCAGUUUCAACAGUUUCUACUAGACAUCCAGGCUGAAUACGGAGAUGUUGUGUAUCACAACGACAUAAGUUGGCUCAGUCGGGGGUCUGCACUGCAGCAAUUCUACUCUCUUAGGAAAGAAAUCGGACAAUUCUUGGCACAAAAGGGACAAACGAUGCCAGAACUAUCUGAUCCUGUUUGGCUGGCUGAUUUUGGAUUUUUAGUUGACAUAACACGGCAUCUGAAUGCACUGAACACAAGCCCUCAGGGGCAAAAUGCAGUGGUAAGCCAACUGUAUUCGUACAUCAAAACCUUUGGGACCAAGCUGCAACUUUUCCAAGGACACCUGUCACAAAUGCAGCCCAAUACCACACAUUUCCCAUCGCUGCAGGAAAUAAUGGCCAGUUUUCCAGAGAACAAUGGGCCUAAUUCUGAGUUGAUCGCAGCAGAAAAUAUAAUUACCACCUAUAUCAGUGCGCAAAUGAGGAGGUAUGAAGCAGAUGUCUCAUCUCUGGCUGAGGAGUUUCAACAGCGCUUUCAUGAUUUUGCAGCUAUUGAAAAGGAGAUCACACUUUUUUCCUCUCCUUUCUCCGUGGUUCCUGAUAACGCUCCAGACCACCUGCAGCUGGAGCUCAUUGAGCUGCAGUGUGACGUCGAGUGUCGCAGUCGGUACCAACAGCUCCCUCUUGUCAACUUUUACCGCCAGCUGGAUAAAGGCAGGUUCCAAGAGACCCGAACAUUUGGCAAGAAAAUGCUGAGCUUGUUUGGCUCAACAUACUUGUGCGAGAAGACAUUCUCGGUUAUGAACCAUAACAAAAACCGCGUGAGGACAAGACUAAGUGACUCUCACCUGCGUGACAUAUUGCGCAUCAAAACCACUGUCUUUGAGCUAGACCUGGCCUAUUUACUGCAGUCGAGAUCUCAGUAUCACCCUUCACAUUAG